AUGGCCCACCCUUACGAGCCCUGGCUACGGACAGCACCACCUAGUGGCAGCUCAGAAGACAUGAACAUCCCCUCCUGGUGGGAUCUCCACAGAGAUGUCCAAUCAGGGAGCUGGAUAGACCUCCAGACAGGGCAAGGUGUCGGCUUGCCUUCAGUGAGUCCAGGAAGCUCCAUGGGGUUGCAGACCUCUUUAGGGCCUUAUGGCUCUGACCCGCAGCUGUGCUCCCUGCCUCCAGCUCAGCACGCUCCGGCCUCGCACUCAUCUCACCUCUUCCCCCAAGAUGGCUUCAAGAUGGAGCCGCUGGCCCCUGAAAUGCUGCAGCAAGAACCGUUCUCCCUGGAGGAACCUCAGGAGAGCGCUGUCUCAGCCCGACCCAAGCCCCAGCGGCGCUCGUCCUCCAGAGGUGCCGGCCAGGCAGUGUGCCGCUGCCCUAACUGCGUCCAUGCUGAACAGCUGGGCCAGAGCACUGACGACAGCCGGAGGAAGCACAUGCACAACUGCCACAUCCCUGGCUGUGGCAAAGCCUACGCCAAGACCUCUCAUCUGAAGGCCCAUCUACGCUGGCACAGUGGGGACCGGCCGUUUGUCUGCAACUGGCUCUUCUGCGGCAAGAGAUUCACACGCUCUGAUGAACUGCAGCGCCACCUACAGACGCACACUGGCGCCAAGAAGUUUAGCUGCGCGUUAUGUCCAAGAGUGUUUAUGCGCAAUGAUCACUUGGCCAAGCACAUGCGCACACAUGAGUCCCCACCAGGACACGGGGAAGAGAGGGUAAAUGGAGACGGUAGGAUGGAAAAAGGCUUCGAUUCACCCACACCACCUCAGUCAUCCUCAAACGUGUCUGCAUCCGACACCACAGAGCCACCGCUGAAGCUGAAAUGUGAGACAGACCCCUCAGUCUCCAGUGUAACAGGGCAGUCAGGCUAA